AUGAAAAUACGUUUCCAACGUGGAGAUGGUGAUGAGGAGGCAUCGGACACUCGGUCCAAUAAUCCUAUACCUGAUCAGGAACGAUUCCUACCAAUUGCGAACGUUGCACGAGUUAUGAAGCGUAUGAUUCCUAGCAGCGGGAAAAUAGCAAAAGAUGCCAAGGAAUGUGUUCAAGAAUGUGUUUCGGAGUUCAUAUCGUUUAUAACAAGUGAAGCUAACGACAAAUGUUUGAGUGAGAAAAGGAAGACAAUAAGUGCUGACGAUCUUCUUGAUGCUAUAACGAAUAUGGGGUUUGAUAAUUACGUGGCACCAUUGCAAUUAUUUCUUGAGAGUACGUCCUCGAGUAGUACUCCAGUUGUAAUUUCUGGAGGUCUUAGUGGAAUGUCGGUGACGGCAUUGCAACAACAACCUAUGCAGAUUUACGUCGAUCCAGUCAGCAAACAGCACUAUAUGGCGAUUGAAAGUGGGUUCAGAUUUUUUGGCAGAUCCAUGCAUUACUUAUCGUACAGUUUUCGUUUGCCUCGAGGUAUCUGUAGGCACAACCGUUUCCAUGUGAGAACACAAGCGAUGGUUUGA